AUCUCGACCAAGCCCUCGUCUCGACAAAACCCCAACCAGAAACAAAAGGUUCCUCCGCACCUGCGUCAAUUGAAUCGCGCUCCCGUACCUCCGCCAGCCAAAACGCCAGAGGAGCUUGUCAGCCUUGGUUAUAUAGUGCGCCGCACACCUUCUGUCCAGCUGCCCAUAUACCGGAGGUGGCAGUCAGGCGGCACUCGCCAAGUGAUUUUGAUUAAGAAGGUCGACGGAGAUCGAGUACGGCUAUUAGAGGAUCUAGUUGGAGGCCUUAAUAUUGCUAGAGAGGAUGCGCGGAUCAACCCAACAACACAACACAUAGAAUUAAAGGGUGACCAUUUCGAUAAGGCUAGGGGAUGGCUGCUUGAGCGUGGUUUCUAA